CGAAGAAGGAAACGGAAGUAGUAGAUCCGUAGAAGAAGAAGUCGUUGUUGGCAUUUGGAAACAGACCGCUGCUUUAAAAUCAUAAGCUGAGACCAGAACUACAAAACUACAAAACUACAAUGACCAGACACGGGAAGAACUGCACCGCUGGAGCUGUGUACACCUACCACGAGAAGAAAAAAGACACAGCGGCGUCAGGUUACGGCACACAGAGCAUCCGCCUGGGAAAGGACGCCAUCAAAGACUUUGACUGCUGCUGUCUGUCUCUUCAGCCCUGCAAGGACCCCGUGGUCACACCUGAUGGCUUCCUGUAUGAGAAGCAGGCCAUCCUGGAGUACAUCCUCCACCAGAAAACGGAGAUCGCCAAAAAGAUGAAGGCCUAUGAGAAGCAGAAGGCAGCUCAGAGGAGCAGCAGUCAGCUGGAGUCGAAGUCUGAGGAGAGAGAGAGGAUGGAGAGAUUUAAGAAGCGAGAGAACAGCAUCGUCUCUAAACCCAUCAACCCCUUCACCUCAGGGCAGACCUCAGGAGGAGAGAAGAGCCCCACGGACUCCGCCCUCUCCUCCUCUUCAUCAGCCUUCUCAUCCUCCGCCUCCUCCUCCUCGUCUUCAUCUUCCUCCAGUCUGCCCAGUUUCUGGAUCCCCUCUCUGACUCCAGAGGCCAAACCGACUCUGAUCAAGAAACCAAGUAAGGUCGUGCUGUGUCCGAUGUCAGGCCGACCGAUAAAGAUGAACGACCUGAUCACAGUCCGCUUCACUCCGUUGGACUCGAGCCUGGACCGCGUGGCUCUGUUGACCCGACAGGACAGGUACGUCUGUGCAGUAACCAGAGACGUGUUGGGUAACAGCGUUCCAUGUGCCGUCCUUAGACCAUCAGGCUGUGUGGUCACUCAGGAGUGCGUGGAGAAGCUGAUAAAGAAGGACAUGGUGGAUCCAGUGAGUGGAGACAAACUGACAGACAGAGACAUCAUUCCUCUGCAGAGGGGAGGAACGGGCUUCGCCGGCUCUGGAGUCGACCUGAGAGCUAAAGAAGCUCGGCCAGUGAUGCAGGUGUAAUACCUGCUGGGUCUGAUCACAUGACCACCAGAACUGUUUGCCAUCGGAGCUCUAGGGGGGCAGGAUUUAUUUUCAAACCCACCUGUCUUCACCUGUAUAAUGCUGUGUUAUUCCCUGGUGGUUUCCUUUUUUUUAUUCCAGGUUUAUUUUUUGUUUUUAAUCAGACUGAGAGAAUAUUAAAGGUCAGGUGAAGGUCAGAUAGAUUCAAUGAUAAAUAUUAGAUCAGUGUUUUUUAGACUGUCCAUCCUCUGGAUCCUCCACAUCUCUCAUACCAGAAAAUCAGGAAAUAUUCAGCCAGUUAAAUGUAUUUAAUGACUGUUUUUGACAAAACAAACUACCGUCUGUUUGAAUAAGACUAACUAGCGUAAACUUAAGAUCAGAUUAACCAGCUCUGUUAACCUGAGAUCAGAUUGACCAGUUCUGUUAAACCAAGAUCAGAUUAACCGGCUUUGUCAACCUGAGGUCAGAUUAACCAGCUCUGUUAACCCGAGAUCAGAUUAACCAGCUCUGUUAACCGAGAUCAGAUUAACCAGCUCUGUUAACCUGAGAUCAGAUUAACUAGCUCUGUUUAACCUGAGAUCAGAUUAACCAGCUCUGUUAACCUGAGAUCAGAUUAACCAGCUCUGUUAACCUGAGAUCAGAUUAACCAGCUCUGUUAACCUGAGAUCAGAUUAACCAGCUCUGUUAACCUGAGAUCAGAUUAACCAGCUCUGUUACCUGAGAUCAGAUUAACCAGCUCUGUUAACCUGAGAUCAGAUUAACCAGACUACAUUAAUCCUGAUAAUAGCAAACAGAGCCAUUGAAACACAGAGAUGUUUUUCCUUUCAGGGCUGCCUUACCUCCUCAUCUUUAGGGUCCUAACCCUCAGGUAGAGACCGUGGUCCUCAGAGACAGAGCUGAUGGUGAGAGGAAGAGCCAAUGCCUGUACAGUGACAUGUUCAUGUUUAAUAAAGAGAAUCAGGAGAUCA